AAGCAUCAAGGUUACCUGUUGAGUGUCAGCCAAUAUUUAACUAGCCUGUCAGAUUAAGUGUAAGAAUACAAAGAUAGCUCUCUGCCAGGCAAUUAUUCAGCAGCAGAAGGUGGAAUUUUCUUGUACCUGAUGGUUUCCGUGUUCGAGGCAAGAGUGUUCAUGUAUACUCUUUGUUGCUGUGAAUUUCUUUAUACAAGAGCAUAAGGAGUUUGUUGAAUAUGGCUACUUUACAGAACUUCACCUGGGCUCUGGAAGAUAUCUUUAAGAAGACAUUCAUUAAGUAUAUGAACAAUUGGCGAAGAAAUACGACGAUUGACGAAGAUAAACUGCAAGGGAGACUUGAUGCUGAAAAUCUAGAUUAUGUCAUUCUGUAUCUCAUGGUAAUGAUUGGCAUCUUCUCCUUCAUUAUUGUGGCAAUCUUAGUGAGCACUGUGAAAUCAAAGAGGCGAGAGCAUUCCAACGACCCUUAUCACCAAUACAUUGUUGAUGACUGGGAUGAAAAGAUCAAAAGUCAGAUUAUGCUCCAAGAUGAUCUUAAAGCCACUAUCCAUGAAAAUAUUGGGGCAAAAAACAAAGUUUAG